GGGCCGGCGCCAGGGGGCCAGUGCCCAAAGGCUACCGAGAGUGGCGCCGAGGCAGGGAGGGGCGGGGCGAGUCGGCCCCCCUCGUGGAGGCGCGGGAAGAUCUGAGUUGCGAGCCUCGUGGUGCUAGUGGUUAAGCCACCUCACGUGUGGAGGGAAGGCGGGAAGCCAGCAAAUAAAGAGGAAAAACGGGCUGAUGCUGAUCACGAGAAAAACGACUGGACUCUCUUAGCCCUGGCUGAGCCACGGAGAAUCAGAAUCCUGUCUAAGGAACACUUCACUGGGUCAGGUUUUACCUGUCUUGCCUGCCUCUCUUCAGCCUUCUGGGAAGGUUCUCUGCACCUCGUGCUAAUAGAAUUCUAUCAAGAAGCUCCACCAAUUUACCCCAGAAGUAGAGGGUCACCAGUUCUAGCCAGACUCUCAGCUUCUGCCCAGCUCUAGACACACACAGCUUCUCCAGGCAGUGCUGCCUCUGAACAGGGAUUACUUCUCUAGGACCUCCAGAUCUCCAAGGGCUGUACAGAACUGGCUGGUCCAAGUUUGAUCGUUGUUGGAUACACAGGCCUGAGGGCAGAUGCGCAUGAAGGCAAGAUAGACCUGACUAGGAGCUGAUUCCUUUGCAGCUCACCUUGGACAAUGUCACUUGGUGGAGGAGAAGGACUGUGAGAUCGUGGCCGGAAGCCAGGUUGUAGCCACUUGCCUGCCGUUGCCCAGCUGAGUGGCAGCCCAGAGCCCAGGAGCAGCAAGUGACUGUAGGUCACAGACACAGUGAAGAUGACUGUGGGGGUUAGCACCUCUACUCCCCUGCUUCCAGCCUCAGACACAGACGUGGUCACAUCUGCCUUCUCCCUUGUGGACUAUGUGGUGUUUGCCCUGCUGCUGGUUCUUUCCCUUGCCAUUGGGCUCUACCAUGCCUUUCGUGGCUGGGGCCGGCAUACUGUUGGCCAGCUGCUCAUGGCAGACCGCAAAAUGGGCUGUCUUCCUGUGGCUCUGUCGCUGCUGGCCACCUUCCAGUCAGCUGUGGCCAUUCUGGGUGUGCCGUCCGAGAUCUACCGAUUUGGGACCCAGUAUUGGUUCCUGGGCUGCUGCUAUUUCCUGGGGCUGGUGAUCCCUGCACACGUCUUCAUCCCUGUCUUCUACCGCCUGCAUCUCACCAGUGCCUAUGAGUAUCUGGAGCUCCGCUUCAAUAAGGCUGUGCGGAUUUGUGGGACCGUGACCUUCAUCUUUCAGAUGGUGAUCUACAUGGGGGUUGUGCUCUACGCACCAUCGUUGGCCCUCAAUGCAGUGACUGGCUUUGAUCUGUGGCUGUCAGUGCUGACCCUAGGCAUUGUCUGUACUAUCUACACUGCUUUGGGUGGUCUGAAGGCAGUCAUCUGGACAGAUGUGUUCCAGACGCUGGUCAUGUUCCUAGGGCAGCUGGUGGUUAUCAUUGUGGGAUCAACCAGGGUGGGCGGCUUGGGGAAUGCGUGGGAAGUGGCUUCCCAGCAUGGCCGCAUCUCUGGGAUUGAGCUGAAUCCAGAUCCUUUUGUACGGCACACUUUCUGGACGUUGGCUUUUGGGGGUGUCUUCAUGAUGCUCUCCUUGUAUGGGGUGAACCAGGCUCAGGUGCAGCGCUACCUCAGUUCCCGCACGGAGAAGGCUGCUAUACUCUCCUGCUAUGCAGUCUUCCCUUGCCAGCAGGUGGUCCUCUGCAUGAGCUGUCUCAUUGGCCUGGUCAUGUUUGCCUAUUACCAGAAGUAUCCCAUGAGCACCCAGCAGGCUCAAGCAGCCCCUGACCAGUUCGUCCUGUAUUUUGUGAUGGAUCUCCUGAAAGGCCUGCCGGGCCUGCCUGGGCUCUUUGUUGCCUGCCUCUUCAGUGGUUCCCUCAGCACCAUAUCCUCUGCUUUUAAUUCAUUGGCAACUGUUACGAUGGAAGAUCUGAUCCGACCCUGGUUCCCUCAGUUCUCUGAAGUCCAGGCCAUCAUGCUUUCCAGAAUCCUCGCGUUUGGCUAUGGGCUACUUUGUCUGGGAAUGGCCUAUAUUUCUUCUCAGAUGGGACCUGUGCUGCAGGCAGCACUCAGCAUCUUUGGCAUGGUUGGGGGGCCGCUGCUCGGACUCUUCUGUCUUGGGAUGUUCUUUCCUUGUGCCAAUCCUCCUGGUGCCAUUGUGGGCCUAUUGGCUGGACUUGUCAUGGCCUUCUGGAUUGGCAUUGGGAGCAUAGUGACCAAGAUGGCCUUUGGCGUGGCACCUUCUCCCUCUAAUAUAUCCAGCUUUUCCCUGCCUAGUAACCUGACCACCGUUGCCAUGACCACACUGAUGCCCUCAACCACUCACUCCAGGCCUACAGGACUGCAACGGUUCUACUCCUUGUCGUAUUUAUGGUACAGCGCUCACAACUCCACCACAGUCAUUGUGGUGGGCCUGAUUGUCAGUUGGCUCACUGGGGGAAUGCGGGGCCGGACCCUGAACCCUCGGACCAUUUCCCCAGUGUUUUCAAGACUUGUUGAUCUCCUGCCCCUGUCUUGUCAGAAGCGAUUUCACUGCAAAAGCUACAGCCAGGAUCUCUCAGUGGAUACCCCUGCGUUUCCAGAAAAGAUGAGUAAUGGGAUGUUGAAGAAUAGCAGAGACAAGGAGGCCAUGGCCGUGCCUGAGGAAGGUUCAGCCCACCAGGGGAGCAGCCCCACCUUCAUCCUGCAGGAGACCUCACUGUGAUCCGAGCUCGGGUCCCAGUCCCGGAGGCAGCCUGUAGUAAAGUGAUGAGUUAUGUGAUGCAUAAUGCAGAGACAAUCAAGGACUAGAUUACCUAGCCCACCAAAGGACCUUGUUCUUAGAUGUUUGGGCUGCAGUAGAAGCCAUCAUAACAUGGGAAGUGUGAGGGCAGGACAGGGUUUUUACUUGUCCCUUGACAGUCUAUUCUCUAGAAGACCGGGCUUGCAGUGGACAGGAUUUUGCUAGCAAAGGGUAUAGAAGCAAAUCCUCUGGGGAGUGGGUAAUGGCUUCUGAUUAAUCAUCAUCAGGAUCCUUUGAAGUGAAUAGAAACUGCAGUGCUGGUUAUCACUGUUCUGGGGCCUGAUUUGACAAGGUUGGCCAUGUUUACCAUUAAAUACAAAGCUGCCUUGGCCAGCUGUCAACUUCUCUUGCAGUCCUAUUUUGAGCAUAGUUUCUGUCAGCCACAGAGAGCCCGUGACUAGUUUCAGGUUGUCCGUGACACCGAGGCUCCUCUCAUUCUUACCUGUCUACCUCCAUUCUUGAGGCAGAGGGUUAGUUGUCCCCAAGAGUCCUCUCAGAACAGACCGGUACGGGGUGCCUCGGUGGCUCAGUCAGUUGAGCGUCUUGGCUUUGGCUCAGGUCAUGAUCUCGCGGUUCAUGAGUUUGAGCCCCACAUGGGCUCACUGCUGUCAACGUGGAUUGUGCUUUGGAUCCUCUGUCUCUCCCCUGCUCAUGCUUUCAAUUUCUCUCUCAAAAAAAACAAACAAAAAACAUUUAAAAAAAGAUUAAAAAAAACCAAAAAGGAUCGGUACAUUCAUCUCCUUUGCAUAAAGUUGGGAAGCUUUCUACCUUGCUGCCCGCACCCUCCACCUAUGUAAUGGGCACUUGGGGACGGGACAGAUGUAGAUCCAAGAAACCAGGGCAUGACCAGGUCCACUGUGGAGUGUGCCACCCACCUGGCACACCACCCUAGUGUCAUUUUGUUGUUUGUACUCGUUUCCUUUUGGAGUUUCUUUCCCACAUAUCUUUGUUCCUAGGAAAUAAAAGCUUAAUGGGCCUAGAA